GCCAGCCAGGCCGCCUGUUCCCACAGCCGGGAGCUGAGCGCGCUGCCAUGGCGCUGGCCAGGCCUGGGACCCCGGCCUCCAGGCCCCUGGCCCCUCUCCUGCCGCGGCUGCUGCUCUUGGCUCCGGCCCUCACCCUCCUGGGUGGAAUGGUGCCUUCGGAGGCCCCAAGUGUCUGUGCCUCAGCCCCGUGUGCUCCAGGGACCGAGUGCCAGGCUACGGAGAACGGCAGCUACACCUGUGGGCCCAUGGAGCCCCAGGGCUGUGCCACCCAGCCAUGCCACCACGGCGCUCUGUGCGUGCCCCAGGGUCCAGACCCCUACGGCUUCCGCUGCUACUGCGUGCCCGGGUUCCAGGGCCCACGCUGCGAGCUGGACAUCGACGAGUGUGCCUCCCGGCCCUGCCACCACGGGGCCACCUGCCACAACCUGGCUGAUCGCUACGAGUGCCGCUGUCCCCUUGGCUAUGCAGGGGUGACCUGCGAGGAGGAGGUGGACGAGUGUGCCUCGACGCCCUGUCUGCACGGCGGCUCGUGCCUGGACGGCGUGGGCUCCUACCGCUGCGUGUGCGCGCCGGGCUACGGGGGCGCCCGCUGCCAGCUGGACCUGGACGAGUGCCAGAGCCAGCCGUGCGCGCACGGGGGCGAGUGCCAUGACCUGGUCAACGGGUUCCGGUGCGACUGUGCGGACACGGGCUACGAGGGCGCGCGCUGCGAGCAGGAGGUGCUGGAGUGCGAGUCGGGGCCCUGCGCGAACAACGCGUCCUGCCUCGAGGGCCUCGGGAGCUUCCGCUGCCUCUGCUGGCCAGGUUACAGCGGCCAGCAGUGCGAGGUGGAUGAGGAUGAGUGCGAGUCGGCCCCCUGCCAGCACGGGGGACAGUGUCUGCAGCGCUCAGACCCGGCGCUCUACGGAGGCGCCCAGGCCACCUUCCCCGGCACCUUCAGCUUCCGACACGCUGCCGGCUUCCUGUGCCGCUGCCCUCCCGGCUUUGAGGGGGACGAAUGUGGCGUGGAUGUGGACGAGUGUGCCUCACAGCCAUGCCUCAAUGGUGGCCGCUGCCAGGACCUGCCCAACGGCUUCCAGUGCCACUGUCCAGAUGGCUACACAGGCCUGGCAUGUCAGGAAGAUGUGGAUGAAUGCCUGUCGGAGCCCUGCCUCCAUGGUGGGACGUGUGACGACACUGUGGCAGGCUAUGUCUGCCAGUGCCCAGAGGCCUGGGGUGGGCAUGACUGUUCCGUGCAGCUCACCGGCUGCCAGGGCCACACUUGCCCACCAGCUGCCACCUGCAUCCCCAUCUUCAAGGCCGGGGUCCACAGUUACGCCUGCCGCUGCCCACCCGGUACUCAUGGAUCUUUCUGUGGCCAGAAUACCACCUUCUCUGUGGUGGCUGGGAGCCCUGUGCAGACAUCCGUGCCAGCCGGUGGCCCCCGGGGUCUGGCACUGAGGUUUCGCACCACACUACCUGCUGGUGUCUUGGCCGCUCGCACUGACGCCCAGGAUAGCUUGGAGCUGGCACUGGCAGGGGGCACACUUCAGGCCACCCUCUGGAGCCACGGCAACACCACUGCACUAACACUGAAGCUGCCAGACCUGGCUUUAAAUGAUGGUCAGUGGCACAAAGUGGAGGUUUCAUUGCGCUUGGGGGUCCUGGAGCUGCAGCUCUGGCAUGAGGACUGCCCUGCCCGCCUCUGUGUGGCCUCCAGUCCUGUGGCCCUGGCUCCUGUGGCUUCUGAAGCGCCAACGCCUGCCAGGUUCUGCUUUGCCCGGCUGGGCGGCACAGCCUUUGAAGGCUGCCUCGAGGACGUGUAUGUGGACGGGCACCUCCUGUUGCCUGAGGACCUUGGCGAGAAUGUCUUCCUGGGCUGCGAGCGCCGUGAACAGUGCCAGCCUCCACCCUGUGCCCACGGAGGGGCCUGCGUGGACAUGUGGACUCGCUUCCUCUGCAAAUGCCCCCGGCCCUAUAGUGGUCCUACCUGCGCUGAUGAGGUUCCUGCUGCCACCUUUGGCUUGGGGGGCACCCUGAGCUCUGCCUCCUUCCUGCUCCGCCAGCUGCCAGGCCCCAACCUCACCAUGUCCUUUCUCCUCCGUACUCGGGAACCCGCUGGCCUGCUGCUCCAACUUGCCAACGACUCAGUAGCUGGGCUAACAGUGUUCCUGAGUGAGGGCCAGAUCCAGGCCGAGGUGCUGGGCAGUCCUACUCUCGUGCUUCCUGGGCGCUGGGACGAUGGGCUCCGCCACCUGGUGACGCUCAGCUUCGGGCCUGACCAGCUGCAGGGCUUGGGGCAGCAGGUGCACGUGGGUGGGAGGCUCCUCCCUGCUGACGCCCAGCCCUGGGGUGGGCCCUUCCGAGGCUGCCUCCAGGACCUGCGACUCAAUGACCUCCACCUCCCGUUCUUUCCGCUGCUGCUGGGGAACUCAAGCCAGCCCAGUGAGCUGGGCAGCAGGCAGUCCCGGAACCUUACCGUGGGCUGCGUCUCCGAGGACACAUGCAGUCCUGACCCCUGUCUCAAUGGUGGAAUUUGUCUCGUCACCUGGAAUGACUUCCACUGCACCUGCCCUGUCAACUUCACGGGGCCAACAUGUGCCGAGCAACUGUGGUGUCCUGGCCAGCCCUGUCUCCCGCCUGCCACCUGUGAGGAGGUCCCCGAUGGCUUUGUCUGUGUGGGUGAAGCCACCUUCCGCGAGGGCCCCGCGGUCGCCUUCAGCGGACACAACGCGUCAUCACGGCUGUCGCUCAGCGGCCUGUCGCUGGCCUUCCGUACACGCGACUCCGAGGCCGGGCUGCUGCGCGCCACCGCGGGCGCCCACGCGGCCGUCUGGCUGGCCAUCCGCAACGGCUCGCUGGCGGCCGGCGUGCGCAGCGGCCCUGGCCUGCCGGGGGCAGUGCUGCCGGGGUCUGGGCCGCGCGUGGCCAACGGCGCCUGGCACCGCGUGCGCCUGGCCAUGGAGCGCCCGGGGGCCGCCGCGUCGCGCUGGCUGCUCUGGCUGGACGGGGCGACCGUGCCCGUGGCGCUGCGCGGCCUGGCCGGCGACCUGGGCUUCCUGCGCGGCCCCGGCGCCGCCCGCUUGCUGCUGGCCGAGAACUUCACCGGCUGCCUGGGUCGCGUGGCCGUCGGCGGCCUCCCGCUGCCCCUGGCGCGCCCGCGACCCGGCGCAGCCCCCGGCUCCCGAGAGCACUUCUCGGCCUGGCCCGGAGCACCCGUCCCACGCCUCGGCUGCCACGGCGCGCACGUGUGUGUCCCUUCGCCCUGCCUGCACGGCGGCGGCUGCCGCGACCUCUUCGACGCCUUUGCCUGCGCCUGCGGCCCGGGCUGGGAGGGUCCGCGCUGCGAGACCCGCGCCGACCCGUGUCGCUCGGCACCCUGUGCUCGUGGCCGCUGCCAUUCGCGCCCUGACGGCCGCUUCGAGUGCCGCUGCCCGCCUGGCUUCGUGGGCCCGCGCUGCAGGUUGCCUGUCGUGCCGGAGGAAUGCAGCCUGAACUUCACCUGCCUCGAUGGUGGCCCCUGUGAGGGUGGGCCCCAGGGGACCAACUGCAGCUGCCAGGAGGGCUUUGGUGGCCAGAGGUGUCAGGUCCCCUGCAAGGUCAACCCCUGCGUGAAUGGCGGCACGUGCCGGGCUGCUGGCGGGCUGUAUGAGUGCAUCUGCGGUGCCAGGUUCUCGGGCCGGUUCUGCGAAGUGGUGAAGGGCCUGCCGCUGCCCCUGCCGUUCCCGCUGCUGGAGGUGGCCGUGCCCGCGGCCUGCGCCUGCCUCCUCCUCCUCCUCCUGGGCCUCCUCUCAGGGAUCCUGGCAGCCAGGAAGCGCCGCCAGUCCGAGGGCACCUACAGCCCCAGCCAGCAGGAGGUGGCCGGAGCCCGGCUGGAGAUGGACAGUGUCCUCAAGGUGCCGCCGGAGGAGAGACUCAUCUAGGCCUGCCUGGCGGCUGGCUCCAGCACUCAGGAGGUCCCAGGCGAUUUCCACCCGAGGCCCCCAGGAGGCCGUGUCCAGUGGCCGGCCUCCUCCCGCAGCAGCGGGGCCCAGGACACCUGGUGGCCAAGCGUCCCCUUCGCCGGCAGCCCCUGCCUCCACCCGUUGUGGACAGGAGAGGGGAGCACUCAGGGAAGCAGAGU